AUGCCACGAGGCAAGUACAAAGGAGGCAAGAUACCUACUUGUUGGUUGUCCCAAGAAAUCGCUGAACUUAGGAAAGACUGUUUAAAAGCAUGGAGGAAAUAUAAGAGAAGCCGUUGUCACCAGACUAGCACGCAAGAAUCAGACUACAUCAGCUUUAAAGAGUCUAAGAAGAAACUAAAGAGAUCAAUCAGGAAAAGUAAAGAAGAUAGCUGGAAGAAUAUAUUAUGUGCACUUGUGGAAUCAGAUCCGUGGGGCCUACCGUCCAGGAUCGUUAUGAAAAUGCUGACUUACAGAAGACCGGUCCAGGGACUCCCUAUUCCUGGCAGGCUGCAUCGAUUCACUGUUACUUCAGGUUCCAGAAAUUACAUGGCCGCAGAACCCUGCUUCCCAGAAGUAACGAAUGCAAAAGUAAUCGAGGCCAGCCGGAGAAUACCGUUGGGUAAGGCUCCUGGUCCAUAUGGAGUUCCCGACUUGGUGGUCAAGCACCCUUACAAACCCGAAAUUUUCAGGGACCUGUUCAAUGCAUGUCUAAGAGAAAGUAUGUUUCCAAAAGAAUGUUUAGUAGCAACCAGUAGUAAACAUUCUUUAGUAGCAAAAUUGGUGCUGCUUCGCAAAGGAGACAAGCCAUUAGACAACCGUAUGUCGUACAGACCGAUCUGUCAGCUGAAUACGAUUGGAAACUUUUCAAACGCAUUAUUAUAG